GGCGCGCAGUCAGAAAACACGAGACUCGAGCUGAGGGACGCUGUGCGGGUCUGAGGUGCAGAUCUGUGGAACGAUGGAGCCACUGAAGGUGGAAAAGUUCAAGACCGCCGACCGGGGAAAUGGGCUGCGUGCUGUGGUCUCCCUACGCCCCGGGGAGCUGCUCUUCCGCUCUGACCCUUUGGCGUACACUGUGUGCAAGGGGAGUCGUGGCGUAGUCUGCGAUCGCUGUCUCCUGGGGAAGGAAAAGCUGAUGCGGUGUUCUCAAUGCCGAAUCGCCAAAUACUGCAGUGCCAAGUGUCAGAAAAAAGCUUGGCCUGACCACAAGCGAGAAUGCAAAUGUCUUAAAAGCUGCAAGCCCAGGUAUCCCCCUGACUCCGUGAGACUUCUGGGCAGAGCCGUAGUCAAGCUUAUGGAUGAAAAACCCUCAGAGUCAGAGAAACUUUACUCGUUUUAUGAUCUGGAGUCCAAUAUUAACAAACUUACCGAAGAUAAGAAAGAGGGCCUGAGGCAACUUGCAAUGACCUUCCAGCAUUUCAUGAGAGAAGAGAUACAGGAUGCUUCUCAACUGCCGCCUUCUUUUGACCUUUUUGAAGCCUUUGCAAAAGUGAUCUGCAACUCAUUCACCAUCUGCAAUGCGGAGAUGCAGGAGGUUGGCGUUGGCCUGUACCCCAGUAUGUCUUUGCUGAAUCACAGCUGUGACCCCAACUGCUCAAUUGUGUUCAACGGGCCCCACCUCUUACUGCGUGCAGUGCGGGAAAUCGAGGCAGGAGAGGAGCUCACCAUCUGCUACCUGGACAUGUUGAUGACCAGCGAGGAACGCCAGAAGCAGCUGAGGGACCAGUACUGCUUUGAGUGCGACUGUAUCCGAUGCCAAACCCAGGACAAGGAUGCUGAUAUGCUAACGGGUGAUGAGCAAAUAUGGAAGGAGGUUCAAGAAUCACUGAAACAAAUUGAAGAGCUGAAGGCACACUGGAAGUGGGAGCAGGUUCUGGGCCUGUGCCAGGCGAUCAUAAGCAGCAACUCUGAACGGCUUCCCGACAUCAACAUCUACCAGCUGAAGGUGCUCGACUGUGCCAUGGAUGCCUGCAUCAACCUGGGAAUGCUGGAGGAGGCCCUGUUCUACGCCAUGCGUACCAUGGAGCCCUACCGGAUCUUUUUCCCUGGAAGCCAUCCCGUCAGAGGUGUGCAAGUAAUGAAAGUUGGCAAGCUGCAGCUACAUCAAGGCAUGUUUCCUCAAGCCAUGAAGAAUCUGAGGCUGGCCUUCGACAUUAUGAAAGUGACCCAUGGCCGAGAGCACAGCCUGAUUGAAGAUUUAAUUCUUCUCCUGGAAGAAUGUGAUGCCAACAUCAGAGCCUCCUAAGGACAGCCAGAGGGACAGGGGAGGUGGCGCACCCUCAUUGAACGCCUUACGGAGGUCACACACUCUGUGAUACCUGCUGUGUGAACC